AUUAUACUGUUAUAGCUGGUUAGAGUUUAAGGUUUUUGGCACGCAUAACAAAUUGAGAAUGAGUCCGAGCACUGUGAUUGUCCUAGCUCUAAUGCUUAUCUUUGCAGGGUAUGCAACAGCAGAUUUUUCCAGAAUAUGUCUCGAUAAUUGCGAGAAGAAAUGCACCGAUCCAAAGACUCAAGAGGCAUGUCACCAAGAUUGUGUUAGAAAAUGUAUUCCUCCCAAUAUAUCGGAUGCUAACGAUGUUUAUUAUUGCAAAGUCGGGUGUGCCAUUGACCAGUGUACUCAAUUUGGCAAAGAUGUGAGGAAAGUUGGGAGCUGUGUGGACAAUUGCUUUAGUAAUAUCUGCGGCAAGCACUCUUAGACUCUUUUACUUGGAUUUGUUCUUUUGCAUGUUCGGUUGGAAAGAAUAAUGUGACCGCAGCACAAAAUAAUUGAAUAAAAUUGUCUAUUAUUA